AUGAAAGAUGAGAAUCCAGAAAUACUUCUUGUGCACUGUGUUAUUCAUAGAGAGAACUUAGUACCCAAAAAUAUGUCUCCUUUUCGCAAUGAGGUACUAAAAUCAAUUAUAAAAUGUAUUAUUGCUAUCAAAGCUGCUAAUGCCAAAUGUGAGCGUCUUUUCAAGCAGUUUUGUGAAAAUGCAGACUAUGUGAGACUUUUAUCUCACGCUGAGGUAAGGUGGCUCUCAAAGGGGAAUUGCUUGAAAAGAUUUAUGGAACUAUUUGAUGUUAUUAGUGACUUUUUAAGUGACAAACCUGAAAUGAAGCACCUGCUAACCGUUGAUGGUAAAGCAUUUGUAAGUUAUUUAACGGAUAUCUUUGAAAAACUGAAUAUGUUAAAUAAGAAACUUCAAGUAUCAAAUAAAACUCUUAUUGAUGCAAAGACGAAGAUAUUUAGCUUUGUUACAUUCAUUGAGUUCUCUAUUAUAUGUUUGUUGUGUCUUGCUCGACACAGUUCUGUGUGGUAUUAUGACGACGUACUUCGUCGUCAGCCCGACUGGCCCGACUGGUCCGGACUGCUAUCGUAUGUGUAG